AUGAACUACUACAUUGCUCAAGAACGAGCAAUCAGACAGGUCGUUACUCUGUUCGACAAUAUUGAAGACCUUGUCUGCAAGAAUGAUAGAAGGUGUGACACUGGUGAUGACGAUGAAAAUACCUCUGACCAAAAUUGGUUGCAGAUCAGAUACAUCACCUUCACAAAUUCCUUGCAUUGGUUUUUCAAAAAGGCUUUGGAAUUGGAGUAUGACAACUAUCUUCACAUGUUAAAAUCAUUUCAGCAGGGGGCCAAUGGCGCUCAAGGGGAUGAUACCUUGAAACUCAAGACUCUCAUUUCUGAAUGGGUAAACUGUUGGUUCAAGCCAGAUCCGCCUGUCGAUCCAGACAAUAAAAAUUCCUGUGGGUUCACCAACAAUGCGUGUACCUCUCUGAAUCCCCCAGAAAUGGUAUUUAAUGGCUACAUCAUAACAGAUCUCUCAUUUCUGGCCUUCUUGUACAAGAAGUACACUGCCAAUCCAGAUGACCUGGAGGAAGGCCUUUUCAAAGGCAAAAUUCUUGUACAGAGCUACAAAGUGGUUUUCACAUCACCCUCCUCGGCCAAAGAUAUUGAUGGUGAUGGUGAUGGUACUGAUAUCAUCCAGAACAACAGACGCGCCCAAAAGUCUUCUUGCAGGCUUAAGGUCAAAAAGCAUGUAGCACAAAUCAUUCACAUGGAAAAGGUGACUCCCCACUCGAUCACAUACAUUGUAAGGUUUGCACUUUUCUCUGUGACCUCAUGGUGGUCCAUCAAUGGCGACUUCGACUACGUCCAAUUUUGGCAGAUGGUCACCCUCACAUCAUACCCUUACCCCGACCUCACCCUUGUUAUCCUCGUCAUCCUCGCAUUCCCUUUCGCCCUCUACCUGUCGCUUCAGCAGAGCCAGUACAUCUGGCCGGAUCCUUUCGCUGACGAAGCAUACCCAUGCUCCGUCCCACCACCUGACUGA